UGCCCGGCCGCUGCGGAAGGCGCCGCGCGCAGCAACGCGUACUUCCUCUCUAGGAGUCCAAGGAGGGAGCGCAGACUCGAAGAGCUCCUGGACUAGGCGGCCGUGCCCUUGCCAGACGGAGCAGACAUGUCCGAACAAAGUAAGGAUGUGUGCGACCCCAACUUUGCAGCCGAGGCCUCCAACUCCGAGGUGCACAGCAGCCCCGGGGUUCCCGGAGGACCCUCUCUGCCCGCGUCCCAGGCCGCGAUCUUCCCAGGGCCGGAGAGCCCUCCCGUAGGCCCGCCCGACGCCCCUCUGGUCUCGCCGGCGCCCCAGGCCCCAAGCGAAGAGGGCGACCCGAAGGCCCUGCAGCAGGCCGCGGAGGAAGGCCGCGCCCACCAGGCCCCGAGCGCAGCGCAGCCCGGCCCGGCGCCGCCGGCCCCGGCCCAGCUGGUGCAGAAGGCGCACGAGCUCAUGUGGUACGUGCUGGUCAAGGACCAGAAGAGGAUGAUCAUCUGGUUCCCAGACAUGGUGAAGGAUGUCAUCGGCAGUUACAAGAAGUGGUGCAGAAGCAUCCUCCGGCGCACCAGCCUCAUCCUCGCCCGGGUGUUCGGGCUGCACCUGAGGCUGACCAGCCUGCACACCAUGGAGUUCUCGCUGGUCAAAGCUCUGGAGCCCGAGGAGCUGGACAGGGUCGCUCUGAGCAACCGCAUGCCGAUGACAGGCCUCCUGCUGAUGAUCCUGAGCCUCAUCUACGUGAAGGGUCGCGGCGCCCGAGAGAGUGCCGUCUGGAACGUGCUGCGCAUCCUAGGGCUGAGGCCUUGGAAGAAGCACUCCACUUUCGGAGACGUGAGAAAGCUCAUCACCGAGGAGUUCGUCCAGCAGAACUACCUGAAGUACCAGCGCGUCCCCCACGUCGAGCCCCCUGAGUAUGAGUUCUUCUGGGGCUCCCGUGCCAGCCGUGAAAUCAGCAAGAUGCAGAUCAUGGAGUUCCUGGCCAGGGUCUUUAAGAAAGAUCCCCAGGCCUGGCCUUCCCGCUACAGGGAAGCACUGGAAGAGGCCAGAGCCCUGCGGGAGGCCAACCCCACUGCCCACUGCCCCCGCAACAGUGUCUCCGAGGACUAGCAAGGAUGUGUAUUGGGUAGACUGGUCCUGGAGAGUUUGGAAGAACUCCCCAGAAAAGCUGGCAUAACCAAGAGAAAAGUCAAGACCCCUGUCUUUGUGAUCUCCCUGGGCGCAGGAAACAUCGGUGUGGAGUGUGGUGAUGUGGACUGAAACGGGCGCAACGUGGGCACACUUUACUAAACACAGAUACAACCCCACCAUGAGUAAACUUUAAAGUAAAUAUUAAAGAUUCUUGUGAUACAAUCA